AUGGAGGAGUUUAGGUUGAGGAGAAGACCGUUGGGACUCAGGUUGGGUAUUGAAAACGCGCAGUGCCACGAGGAGAGAUAUCAGGAUAUAAUGGGUAAUACGAAGAUCCCUAGUAUUGAGGACGACCCGCGAAGUUCGAUAGCCCGUUCAACCGUAGACAGUUCCGAGAAUAGAAGAACAAGAGAAUUUACAUCUAGAAGAGUAAACAAUGUCAUCGGCGAGACCACCAGUAAGGCUCGAGGCAAAGAAGGUGAGAAAGGGACAAGAAGGAAAGUUUCGUUCGCCUUGGAAAUUGAACGACAGGCGGAAGAAGAGACCCCGAUCAAAUUGAGAGAAUUGGAAGUUGGUUGGAGAGCCAGGAGGAGGGUCGUUCUGGAAGAUAACACGCAAGUGAAUCAGAGGAUCGGUAAGGCAUCCUUAGGUGUCCAGGAUCGGAUGGAGGGGACUGCCAUGGGAAAGAAGUCCAAUGCACCUGACCCGGAGUUCAAUUGUUGGAAGGAAGCGAAGCCAUCGGUAGGUCGUAAGAAGGUAUUAGAUGUUGUUCCCUCUCGUCCACCAAUCAUGAAGAAGGGAACACAAGCUGCGAAUCCCAAGUCAGAACAUCAUAUCCAGAAACAAACGUCGAAAAGAAUUCUACCCACCCUUUCCCGCGACGUCACUGUGAAUUUGAUGUCUAACCCAAAACAAACAAUGUUUCCACUCACACCCCCCACUUCACCCGAACCGGAUUUAGUUCCUCUCCCACCCCACUCCGUCCCCUUGAUACCAUCCACAAAACUCGACAACACAACUCCAAUGACCGUUUCAUCCCGCUGCAUUCCCAAGCUCUGGACAAAACCAACCAUCCCGAACAUCGAGCAAGUUCAAUCGGUAGAAAGACGACUGUUCUCCGAAUCAUCCUAUCAUCUUGAACCGAUACUGGCCCACCCCCUUCCUCCUACUCCUCAUCCUAUACCACUCCAUAUUGGGAAGAAAGAAACGAUUUAUAUCCCUUAUGUACGCUACGAACUUCGACUCUUUCUUCCUGGUCACAAAACCAUUACGGUACUUUCUGGAGGUCGAUCUUUGAUCUAUUCCUCUCCACAAAUAUCACCUUCACCGUCUCGACCUACGUCAUCUUCAAAACAACACACCGCUUACUCCAAGCAAUACCACGUAGAACCGGAGACAUCCAGAAUCAACAAGAAGGUCGUAGAUGCUCCGAAGAGAUUUGAUGAGCACCGGCGGAGACAAGAGGGAGAGGAAAAGGGAAAAGGAGAUGAGAGAUAUAAAUUGUCCCUGGAUGACUUCACCAAAUGGACAGAAAGGGAGAAGAAAGAAUGGAAAGCUGUUUAUUCUUUAGUGGAAAGGUUCAAACGUUCUACUCCACGUGUAAAGAUAUAUCAUCCACUAGGUCAAUUAACUUUGACCUGUUCCGACCCACCGGAUGUCAUCUUGGCUUUUGAUUUACACUGUCCCUCUGUAUCCGACACCUCUUCCACAUUCGCUCACACAUCAUCACCUCCCAUGUCAACCACCUUCCGGUCUGUUGCGCCAAACACGGAGCGGACGACCAAUCAUCAUCAAUCUGGCGUCGACUUCACCAAGAAGAGAACCGGUCUAGAAGGCACAACACGAGUUCGACUCCUUUAUUCCCGCCUAGCGAAGGAAAUACGAGUAGACAUAUCCAAGACCGUCCAUAAUCAAGGUCGUCGAGAAACCCUACGAAGUAGAAGAAUGGCCGAGUUGAUCACUUCUCCGAUACAUGUCUCGGAUCGCACUCGACCUUUCAAAACUCUAGUGCUAGAGAACGAAGACAUCAUGGACCGACUAUCACUCUCUGAUCAGACCCAUCUCAGAAGGGAUCCCGAGAAAGUGCAUCAGGCAUUCAUCAGUCUUGGUCUCUCGAUAUCCACGAUGGAGAGUUGGUCAAAAGAAGAGAUCGAAGCCGUGUGUAGAUUAUGGGAUCUACGAAAUGAAUGGGACAGAAGACAUUCUACCUGA